UUCAACAAGAAAGAAAGAAAAAGUCGAUCCCUCUUUUCAUCCUUUAAUUAGUGCUUUGUUUCUUCUGGAUGUUUUAAUCAUUGCUUUAAGCUGAGGUUUUUCUGGCUGUUUGAGCUUCGAGUAAUGGAUCCAAUUACAUCGCAUGGUCUAUCUCUUCCUCCCCCGUUUAACAUAAGAGAUUUCAAUCUUCACCACCACCACCAGCAGCAGCAGCAGCAAGAACAUCAUCAAUUCCACCACCAAAACUCGGAAGAAGACGAGCAAAGCGGCAGCAGCAGCGGCGCGAAGAAACGGGAUCGCGACGACUACGGCAGCCGCCGUGCAGACGAAGGUAGAGAGCUCGGCAUCCAUGUUGGUGAAGGUGAGAUGAAUAGAAGGCCACGAGGUAGGCCAGCUGGAUCCAAGAACAAGCCUAAACCACCCAUCAUCAUUACUCGAGACAGCGCCAACGCUUUGCGCUCCCACGUGAUGGAGAUCGGCGACGGAUGCGACAUCGUCGAGAGCGUUGCCACGUUCGCCAGACGGCGCCAGAGAGGCGUUUGCAUCAUGAGUGGGACUGGGAACGUCACCAAUGUUACGCUUCGGCAACCGUCCUCGGCCGGUGCGGUUGUGAGCUUACACGGGCGUUUCGAGAUAUUAUCGUUGUCGGGUUCGUUCUUGCCUCCCCCGGCACCGCCUUCGGCAACGGGGCUAACCAUAUAUUUGGCAGGCGGACAAGGCCAGGUCGUAGGUGGCAGCGUUGUGGGGACACUAACUUGUUCAGGUCCUGUUGUGAUUAUGGCAGCUUCAUUUAGUAACGCGGCUUACGAGCGGCUUCCAUUGGAUGAAGAAGAAGAACCGCCGCGGCUACCGAUGCAAGGCGGGGCGACCGAAUCAUCGCCGGAUGUAAUGGGCGGACAACAACAACAAGUGCCGCUCGAGUCAAAUGCACCAUUUUUUCAUGGACUGGCACCAAAUCUUCUCAAUUCUUUACCAAAUGAGGCAUUUUGGGCAAGUGGUGGUCGCCCUCCAUUCUAGCUAACAAUUUCCAGGAAGGAGUUUAUUUAUAGCUAGAAAAUCUGGGUUUGUGGAGCAACAUUUUCCAGGUUUUGUUUCCAUUUUUUUUCUUCUUUUUGAAUUGAAUUUGAUGAGUAGAUCGUAAGCGCUUGCAUGUUGAUUGAAUGACUGUAAAUUCAUGGAUUCUUGGUGCAUUUGAUUUUAUGAGAAUAAGUUUUUCCAGUA